AUGGAAGAAGAACGUGAAGCAACAUUAGAUUCCGAACCAACAACACGUGUUGUUGUAAUUCUAAUUGAUCACAUUAAAAAUACUGAUGAUCAAACAACAACAGCAUCGAGAUGUGAAUUAUUAAUGACAAGUAAAUUUUCAGAAACAAGGCUUGAUUUUCUCUACAAGGAAACUCUUAUAUAUUUAGCUAAAAGAUUUGAUAGGAAGGAUUUUAUUUCAUUAUAUCACAAUGAUAGAAAGUUUGUUCUAGCACUAUUAAAGAGUGAUUGUAUUGAUGCUGAUAUUUUACCUCAAUUAUUAGAAUAUUUUGCUAGUUUGAUGAAAUUAACAUCGGAGGAUGAAGAAAUUAUUGCACUCCUAAUGAUCAAAAACCAUUUAUCACAAAAUCAAGUGAAUGGAAUGGCACAUCUAUUAGAACAUAAUACAAGAUUUCUACAUCAAGUUGCUUCUUAUGGUUUUUUUCUUGAUAAAUUAACUGAUAGAGAUUUUGUAAUUGAUCUAGUAAUGGAGAAACCAAAGAGAUACAAAUCUUUGAGUUCAGAUUUGAAAAAUGAUAGAGAGGUUGCAAAGGCUGCCUUUUCAAAAAGAGGAUCUUUGAUUACCAAUGAAUUCUACAAUGAUAGAGAAUUACUGCUCAUUGCAUUGACUAAUGAUGGUUCAGUCUAUUACAACCUUGAUGAAGAACUAAAAAAUGAUUUGGAAAUUAUUAACAUUGCUGUCAAAACUUGUCCUGAAUUGUUGAGCGAAUUGGAUUGUUCCUUCUUCAAUGAUGUUGAAUUUUCAGAGAGGGCUGUAAAAUUAUUGCCAAAUGUUUUAAAAUUUGUUCCACAAAUAUUAGAGGAUUUGGAAUUAGUUAAAAGGGUUUUUAGUGCUGAAGUUCUUCCUUAUUUAAAGUCUAUUCACUUGCAAGAUGAUGAAAUUAGAUCACAAGUUGAGAACCUUGUAAAGGAAUGUAAAGAGAAUUAUACGAGAGCUAGUAGUGAUUUGAGAAUGGAUAAAAAACUUGCACUUUUAGCUUUAGAAAAUGGUGUAAAAUUAUCCUAUAUAUUAAUUCAAGAUUAUGACUGUUACAAAUUGGCUAUUACCAAAAAUCCUCAAACCAUUUUUUUUUGUGACCCUGAAUUCUUAAAAAGUCAUUUUGAUUUGGUAGAUUUGGCAUUCUCAUUACAUGGUCCAAUGCUUUAUUAUGAUUUGCCAUCAAAUAUUAAGCAUGAUCCAAUUUGUGUAAUGAAAAUAAUUGAGAAAGAACCAUCUGUAUUCUCAAGUCUUGAAAAGGAAUUGAAACAAGAUGAACAGGUUUUAAGUUUAUAUUAUAGUUUGCUUGAUACUUCAAAAGAAACUGUUAAAUUGGUGGAAGGAAAGAAAUUAUAUAUGAAUACUUCUUUUCAAACCAAACCAUUUUAUGAUUUUACACCAUCUGAUUUUUCCAAUAUCAAACCAUUCUCACUUGAUACAAGUAAUAGUGCUUUUAAAUUUGGAUUAUCAAAUACAUCAAAUACUGCUACUACAAGUACAAGUACAACAACCACCAACAAUGGUGAAUUAGUGAAUCCAUUUGCCAAUAAGAAUCCAUUCUCCCUCACUUCAUUCACAAUAGUUCAUCAACUAAUACCAUGA